CUCUCUCUCUAACUCUCCUUCCCCAUUCCCCUCAUUCAUUCCCUGCUGCCCCUCUCCCUCCAGCCCUCCCAGCCUGCAAUUCCCCUCCCUCCCAGCCCUCCUCCUCCUCCUCACUCCCUUCCCUCUUCGCCAUUGCCAUCCCAUCUCUGCUUCCUGUUCCUUCGCUCCUCUCUCGCCCUCUGCCUCCCUUCUUGCUCUCGCUCGUAGCGCCUACCCACACUCUGCAUCCUGCCGACACGGCGAAGGCAGGCAGGCAGGCAGGCAGGCCAGUGGAGGUCGGAUUUGUAGCACCAGGAGGAGGAGGCGAGGGAGCGCGGCAGUGGCAGGCAGGGGAUGACAUCGCCCAACACUUCCAUGAAGUCGCUCACAGCUUCCGCCAAGCGGAUUCAGAAGGAGUUGGCGGAUAUCACUGUGGAUCCACCGCCCAAUUGCUCUGCUGGCCCCAAAGGCGACAAUCUCUACGAAUGGGUAUCCACCAUCAUGGGGCCGACUGAUUCGCCGUACCAUGGGGGAGUGUUCUUUCUGGACAUCAACUUUCCAAGCGACUACCCCUUCAAACCUCCAAAGGUGCUGUUCAGAACGCGCAUUUAUCACUGCAACAUCAACAACAACGGGCAAAUCUGUUUGGACAUCCUUAAAGAGAAUUGGAGCCCGGCUCUGACCGUUUCCAACGUGCUGCUGUCUAUCUGCUCUUUGCUGACAGAUGCCAAUCCACAUGAUCCGCUUGUGGGGAGCAUUGCCCAGCAGUACCUAAGCGACAGACCUGCCCACGACAAAACGGCAUCCGAAUGGACACGGCGAUUUGCUCAGUGACGACACGAAUGUUCCUGAUUGGGAGCGCUUGUCCUUCAUCUACCGUAUGGUUUGGCAGUUUAGUUUAGACUUAGUGUGAGCGGAGAUCCUGCAACAAGACGGGAUUAUGAAGGGUUUUGUACCUGGCAAAUAUGAAGAAUGUGGAGCGCCCUGUCAGUCUGGGUUUAAUAUUGGCAACUUGGGACCACAUAGUGAUUGUUGGGGAAUAUUAGAAUAGCAGGAGAAGAAAGGUAGCGGAAGGGGGUUUAAUUUAGGUUGUGAAUGGUCGGGGCUUCGGAGAAUGCACCGGGUAUGCUGGUGGGCUCCCUGCACGUCGUUCGCCUCAUCCCCAGUUUUCUUGAUUACUCUUGAAAAAGAGUCUCCCACGACCUCUGAAUGAGCAGGAGAACUUAUCAGUCUUGGACCAGCCUAGUGCAGUGCAGAUGGUGCUGAGCGCAGAGCAUGCAUGGGGUGGAAGUUUCAAUGGAUGGCUUUGAGCUUAGUAAUGCUACUGAGAUUAUAGUUUGCAGAGCGUCUUCUACUGUAGUUACUGGGCAUUGUACAUGAAAUUGUCUUGUUCCCCAUGAAUUUCAGCUCGUGAGACUGCGGUGUUGAGUGAGAUUUCGCUUUGACAUCGAGUCCGCAGAAAAUUGUAGAAAGGGAUCUUUACCAGUGUAAGAUGACGAGCUGUGUGAGUGUUCAAUUUUGUCAGCCAUGCGCUUCAGGUAUUAAGUCAGUUUCGUGGUCGUGUUAAUACUAUUUUUAGUUUCAGACGUUGAGCGUUGUUGAUGCGACAGGCUCUACAAAUUAAUUUCCAUAAAGAAUUGAAGGUUCUACCGCAAAAUGGAUUUUAAUUCUA